AUGACUCUCAACGAUACUGAAGUUCAGCGUCAGAUCCGCCACAUGAUGGCUUUCAUAGACCAGGAGGCUAGAGAAAAAGUUGAAGAAAUAGAUGCAAAGGCUGAAGAGGAGUUCCAGAUAGAAAAAUCCAGGUUGGUCCAAAACCAGCGCCUAAAGAUAAUGGAAUAUUAUUCGAAGAAGGAGAAACAAAUUGAAUUGACCAAGAAGAUUCAGGACUCUAACAUGAAAAAUCAGUCCAGACUUCAGGUUCUACAAAGUAGAGAAAAUCACAUUGAGAUGCUACUCAAAGAAGCCCGCGACCGUUUGCGCACGGUUGCCGCGGACCGAAAUACUUAUCAAAAUUGCCUCUCGGGACUCAUUACCGAGGGUCUUUAUCAGUUACUGGAACCAGAAGUCAUUGUCAGAUGUCGUCAGUCUGAUCUGGAUUUAACUCAGAGUCUUCUGCCAGGAUGUGUUGCUGCCUAUCGAAAGCAAACAGGUAUUGACUGCAAAGUCACAAUUGACAAAAACUUCUUACCUGAUAGUCUAGCUGGUGGGGUUGAACUAUAUAAUAAAGAUGGGCGUAUCAAAGUAGUGAACACACUGGAGAGUCGUUUAGAUCAAAUCAGUGAACGCCUAAUGCCACAAUUACGAGAGAUUCUAUUCGGAGUGAAUGAAGGAAGAAAGUUCCACAAUUAA